GGUCUUUAUCCUCUUAAAAUUUCAUAGUUGUGUACUCUAGUUUCUUUAAAUGGCAAACCCUAAGGUCUUCUUCGACAUGGCUGUUGGCGGUCACCCAGCCGGCAAGAUCGUGAUGGAGCUCUACGCCGACGUCGUUCCUCGUACGGCUGAGAAUUUCCGCGCUCUCUGCACCGGAGAGAAGGGAAUUGGCAAGAGCGGGAAGCCUCUGCACUACAAGGGAUCCUCCUUCCACCGCGUGAUUCCUGGCUUUAUGUGCCAGGGAGGCGACUUCACUGCUGGAAAUGGCACCGGCGGUGAGUCGAUCUACGGAGCGAAAUUUGCUGAUGAGAACUUCACGAAGAAGCAUACUGGUCCCGGUGUGCUUUCCAUGGCUAAUGCUGGUCCCGGAACCAACGGAUCUCAGUUCUUCAUCUGUACUGCCAAGACCGAGUGGCUUGAUGGAAAGCACGUGGUCUUCGGUCAAGUUGUGGAGGGUAUGGAUGUGGUGAAGGCCAUAGAAAAGGUGGGGUCCAGCUCCGGAAGGACCUCCAAGCCUGUUGUGAUCGCCGAUUGUGGUCAGCUUUCUUAAGUGAUCUACGAUCGCCGAUGAUACGGCGGUUGUGGUGGUGGUGGUGGUGGUGGUGGUGGUGUGUUAGUAAUUUAGGAUCUGGUGUGUGUAGGGUUGGGUUCAUGAGUCCUCUUUUUCUUUUCCGAGUUUGAUUACUCUUGUGUUGAUGGGAUGAGAACCAAACCAUAAAUAAGAUAGGCUUUUCUUCAUGCGAUUA